AUGACCACCCAAACAACACUUUCUAUUGCCAAUAACGACCAUAGUACCAAACUUGUUUACCAGUUUUUAGUUUCCUCCCCUUCUUCCCCUUCUUCUUUUAGUAAUGUUAAUAUUCAGGAAUCUAAUAAUGGGAAAAAUAUCUCAGGAUCAAAUUCCGUGAUUACUUAUUUAUCAGAAAAUUUCGGUAUUAGUAGUAAUAAAGUAAUUGGUGAUACAUGGUUAAAUACUACACAAGUAAUUGAACAGGAUUCAUCUAAAGUUUCUAAAGUUGCAAAGGAUUUAGAUGAACAUUUAGCUAACAGAACUUAUAUUGUAGAAAAUUAUUUAACAAUAGUUGAUUUGGUUACAUUUACAAGGAUUUAUGAUUAUUUUGUUAAAUUAUCUGAUCAACAACGUUUUGGUAUUCCUAAUUUGACAAGAUGGUUUAAUUUUAUUCAAAAUACUGCAGUUAAAGAAUUGGCUCCACGAUGUGGUUUAAAUCUUGUAGAAAUUAAUUUGGAAGCUCCCAAGGUUUCCAAAAUAAUUGAAUCUCAAUCAUCUCAAUCUAACGAACAAAAAUCGGAUCAAAAAGAAUCCAAGAAAGAAGUCAACAAGACAGAUAAAAAAGGAUCCAAAAAAGAAUCUAAAAAAGAAGUCAAGAAAGAUUCCAAGAAAGAUUCAAGUAGUGGUGUAACAGUUCCCAUCAUACCAAGUUUACUUGAUUUACGAGUUGGACAUAUUAUUAAAGUAGAAAAACAUCCAAAUGCGGAUUCAUUAUAUGUUGAACAAAUUGAUGUUGGUGAAGAGAAUCCUAGAACUGUUGUUACAGCUACUUCAUCUGAAGGCAAAGUGGAAUUAGUUGAACCCCCUGUAGGUUCUAAACCUGGUGAAAAAGUAUAUUUUGAAGGAUAUCAAGAUCAAGUUUUAAAUCCCAAGAAAAAAAUUUGGGAAACUUUACAACCUGGAUUAAUAACUACUCAGGAGAAAAUUGCAUCAUGGACAAAUCCUGAUACUAAAAAUGUUCACCUUUUAAGAACCAUUUCUGAUUUUUGUAAAGUUGCUAAUAUUAUUAAUGCUUCUAUUAAAUAA